GAGGGAAUAUAGAGAGGUAGACUUUGCACUAAAUCAGAGAUGUACGGCCCACGUCGCGAGAAAUGGGACCUGGCGGAGGUUUCGUUUUGGCUUUUCGUAGCCGCUGUUGCAGUGAACUUAUAUAGUAGAACUGGGACACCUCAUUUCCAUGGAUGCACUUAAGCUGACCUGAACAUAGUAGUACUAAAAGCUCCUUUCGCCGUGUCUGGGGUUCUGAGAAAUCUGUUACUGCCAGCGUCAUAGUUCUUGAAAUUGCUGGCUCUAGGAUACUGUGUGAGCGGAGACAAAGUAGACCCUCGAGCGUGCGCGAGAGGGAGAGGGAGAGAGAGACAGAGUGAGCACGAUAUCAGUUGAGCGAGGAGUUUGAAAGAGAGAAUAUUCGUAAGGAAGUUAAGUCAUCAGAUCUGGCUAGGUAGGUAAUGAGGAGAGAUUUGGGAGAAAGGAAGUAAGUGGUGUAGUGACAAUCGUCCCGCUGGGUGCUCAGGGUAAAUGCGAGGACUUGCGACGGCAAUGUUGGGAUGCAAAAACAUUUUCGAGUGUUUUUAGGUAGGCGAAGCCACUAGACUUGAGCGUGCAUCCCACGAGUGGCACUACCUGGAUAGGGAUGGCGAGCACUGUGAGUGGUUAUGGUGGUCCCAAUGUCAUGCUUGUGCGUAACGAGAGCUCGACAGACACCUUAGUUGCCAUGCUUGCCUCUUGUUCUUCAGUUCAGCUUCAAGUUCAACUCGCAGGUGGAGGCUUGGAGGAUGCUGUGGCCAGUUGUAGUCAAAAGCGCCCCUACUAUUCCUCCUUUGAAGCCUCUGGUGAAGAUCCAGGAGAUGAGGAAAUUGAAGACUGCACACAACAAGUGGAGAAGAAGAGAAGACUCACCUUCGAUCAGGUCAGGUCACUAGAGAAAAACUUUGAGAUUGAGAAUAAACUCGAGCCGGAGAGGAAAUUGCAACUUGCACAAGAGCUUGGACUCCAGCCUCGGCAGGUGGCCGUGUGGUUCCAAAAUCGUCGUGCGCGCUGGAAAACCAAGCAGCUGGAGCGGGAUUAUGAAGUUCUCUCCUUAGAUUACAACCAGCUCAAGAAUAAGUUUGAUGAUGUGGUUCAGGAGAAGCAACAGCUCCAGGAGGAGAUGGACUGUCUUAGGGGAAAGUUGCCGACGCCACAACCAAGUUCGGUCUUGGGUGCAAAGGAACAAUCCAAGAAACUGAAAACAGCAUCUCAGCCUUCCCCGCCGAAGAUGUCCGAGGCCUCCGUUAAGUUGGAACAGAUAUGUACUGAGCAUACUGCUAGCUACGAUGCUCUGGUGCCUUUUCUAGAGGGAGAUUCGAGUUUCGAAAGCUCUGACAGCAUGUCCAGCGAAAUAGUUAACGCAGACAGUCCUCGCACGUCGGACAGUAUCUCUCUUGUGCCUUUGAACGAGUUCACAACGUAUCCACACAUUCCUACAGACUCUAUGGUGGACUCCAGCAUCAUACAUAUGAGUGAUAGCAUCUGCGAUCAAAUGCUCUCCCCCAUAGAUUGCCACCGCAUUUCUGUGAAGCUUGAGGAUGGUUCAUUCCAAGACGAAUCGUGCAAUUACAUGUUGUCGCAGCUCGAUGAAGAAAGAGGUCUGCCGUGGUGGGAUUGGCCUUGAUGUUGACCGCUGAUGCAAGCUUACUGGAGUUCAUAUAACCAAUUUAGUUUCUCCAUUUUCUGAGUACCAUCAACAAACUGCAAUUUACCAACAGAGGAUGCGCAGGCGAACCGAUCGCAAGAGAACCGAGUUUCUUACCUCUCACGUUUAUUAGACUCGAGACAAAUAGAAUGGCCCUGCUGUUGCAAGUCAUUUCGAUGAUGCUAGAUUUAGCAGUCGGAAAUGAUGUAACAUCAGACCAAAUAAUUUUCUGCCCAACACCCAGUCACACUUGAGGAAUGAAUAAAUCAGGCUGACUCUGGCUGCAAUAAGCGAACUCACAACUUGCCAUUUGAUGUACCAAUUAAAGGUACACAGCAAGGUUUCAAGCUUGGCUAAUGCCAACAAUUGUACUCUCCAGAUAAGCUCCCUUUUAGAGCCUCUAGACGUUUAGAACUGCAAAUAAUAUACAUAUAUAUUUAUAUAUAUAUAUAUACAUAUAAUGUACAAUUGUUUGUAUAUGCGUAUCUAUAUGUGCGUAUAUGUGUGAACUUCCGUACUGGAGCUGCUACCACUUGCCAUUAAUAAAGUCAUUUCCUCUUCUCACGCA